AUGUCUUCUUCUUUUAAAUCGUUAUCAGAGGAAAUUGACAAGCUUUCGGGCAACCGGUCGUUGGAGAACAUUGUGACGGACUCGGAUUCGCUGUUGGCAGGCUUGGAAACGCUCAAACACAACAUUGAGAACGAUAACGAUGAUCUCACCAGCACAAAGGCCCAGGUCAAAUCGUGGACCGACAAGACUUUGAAGAACGAAAAGUCGAUAAACAAGGCAAUCAAGAGCUACAGUGCCAAGAUCGAGAAACUGGCGUCGUUCAAAUUGGCCAACGUCUACUCGUAUCAGUCAAUAGAGGUGAAGGAUAACCCUCGCAAUCGCAAGCUGCUGGAUCGGGCCAUAGUGAUGGAUCUUUUGCGAAACGGACAUUUCGAUAUUGUCGAGCGCAUAGAGUCCGAAAGAGACAUUCCAAUUCCGCCAGAACUGAUUGCAAAAUUCAAAGAACUCGAUGAUAUACUGGUGAGUCUUAGAGAGCACGACGAUCUGCGGCCCGCAAUCGAAUGGGCCAGUCGAAAUUCGGACAAGCUCAAAGCGAUCCGGUCGGACCUGGAAUUCGACCUUCACAAGUUGCAGUUCAUCAAACUGUACAGAAACUCCAAGAAAAGCGAGCCUUUCGAGGCAUACAAGUACGCUAAGGACAACUUCCCGAAUUUCGGAGCAACGCAUCUCGACACCAUCUCCAAGCUCUUGUUCUCGAUCAUGUACUCGUCCGCUGCGUCUGGACACGGGUUUGAGAGCUACCUCACGGACUUGAACCUGUCGAACGACUCGUUUUACAACCAGAUCUGCCAGAACUACUGCUCCCUGAUAGGACUUUCGGCCAACUCGCCUCUCUACAGCACGCUACUCACAAGCUACAUUGCGCUCCCGAACUUUAUCAAAUAUCACAAGAUUUCGAAGUUGUCGAACAACCUAAACUGGACAUCUACCAACGAGAUUCCGUUCGAAAUCAACCUUCCUGCCUCGUUGCAGUUCCACUCCAUCUUCAUCUGUCCAGUCUCGAAAGAGGAAACGACCCCCGAAAAUCCGCCAAUGGUGCUGCCGUGCCACCAUAUCAUCUCCAAAGAAAGUUUGCUCAAGCUCAGCCGCAACAGCGUGGCCAACUUCAAGUGCCCAUACUGUCCCGGCACAAGCACCAUUACCCAGGCUGUGCAAGCAAAAUUUAUUAAUCUGUAA